GCUGGAAGAAAGCCAACUGGAGGCAAUUUCAAAGGAGGUGUCAGAGCAAGCUGAAGUACCAGAAAAACAGGAAAAGCAUAAAACCCAAACAGAGUCCAGUAGCUGCAAUACACACAGGACGGCCAGAAGAAAGACUGGAAACACUAAAAGGAGACUUUUCCCCUGGAAGUAAGAAAGGAAGAGCUCCAGCAGACAAGAGGCCAUGGGCUGUUGGAAGCAAGAGAAAAGCAACACCUGGACUUUUCCCACCCUGAUUCUCUGCCUCUAUGGAUUCUUCUACAUGAUGAAACCAUCAGAACCUUUCCUAACACCAUAUCUAACAGGACCAGAUAAAAACCUAACCACAGAUGAGGUUACCAACCAGAUUUUGCCCGUUUGGACAUACUCCUACCUUGCCCUCCUGUUCCCAGUCUUCCUGCUCACAGACUACCUGCGCUACAAGCCCGUCAUCCUCCUCCAGGGCAUCAGCCUCAUCGUCACCUGGCUCCUGCUCCUCUUCACACACGGAGUGCUGGCCAUGCAGGUGGUGGAAUUCUUCUACGGGCUGGUGACGGCCACUGAGGUGGCCUAUUACGCCUACAUCUACAGCGUGGUCAGCACCGACCGCUACCAGAGGGUGACGAGCUACUGCAGGAGCAGCACUCUGGUGGCAGCCACUGUUGCCGCCGUGCUGGGACAGCUGCUGGUGUCCUUGGCAGAUGUGUCCUACUUCUACCUCAACGCCAUUUCUUUGGCUUCCGUGUCCCUGGCCUUCCUGUGUGCGUUUUUCCUCCCCAUGCCCCAGAAGAGCAUGUUCUUCCACAGGAAAGAUGCCUCCCAGUCUCUCCCAGGGCCUGACAAAGUUGUGACUCCGGCCGGUUCUGACCGUCCCUCGAGCUGCCAAGAGGACACGAGCCCUGACUCCGCUGGCAGGGGCCCAACACCCCAACAGCAGGCUGGGAAUGCCAAGCCUCGGAAUCACAUGCUCAGAGUGCUGGUGCAGCUGAGCAAGGACCUGAGGGAUUGCUACAGCUCCAGGAAACUUCUCUACUGGUCCCUGUGGUGGGCUCUGGCUACGGCCGGAUUUAACCAAGUGCUGAAUUAUAUCCAAGUGCUGUGGGAUUUCCGAGCCCCCUCUCACAGCUCCGCAGUGUACAAUGGAGCUGUCGAAGCACUAGCAACUUUUCUGAGCUCAGUAGCGUCUUUCCUAGUACAAUAUAUGAAAAUUAACUGGGACCUGUUUGGAGAACUGGCUUUAGGGAUCUUCUCUGCAGUAGAUGCCGGUUCUCCCAACAUCUGGGCAUGUUAUGCUGGCUAUCUCAUUUUCAAGGCCUGCUAUAUGCUCCUCCUGACAAUAGCAACGUUCCAGAUUGCCAUCAAUCUGAGCAUGGAACGCUAUGCUUUGAUGUUUGGAUUCAACAACUUCAUUGCCCUGGUGAUUCAGACCAUUCUUACAGUUGUUGUCGUGGAUUCGAGAGGCCUGGGGCUGGACAUAGUGACUCAGUUUUUAAUUUAUGGCAGCUACUUUGCAGUCAUACACGGGAUUUUCAUGAUCAGAAGCAUUUGUGUGCUUGUCUCAAGCAAAUGCAAAAGGAAAAUAGCAAGAUGUUGCAAAGAGCAGCUGAACCAUGCUGAGCACGAAUCCAGAGAGCAGAUUGUUACAGGCUAUUUGACAUGGCUGUAGGAGGCAGGCAGGCUCCUUGGCCAGGCCCUCCUGGGAGAAGAGCUCAGGCUGCAGCAUGCAGGGAACAGCAGUGCAAGAAGAACGUUCAACACAGCCCUGGAAAGCUGCGCUGAAUCAUUGCAGCACUUCAGCACAACAUAUGCCAGCUCAGAGCUCACAUAACGGCCCUGUGCCAAGAAUAAAAGCUAAAUUGCUUUAAAUUCUUAUUUACUUGCCUAUAAAGAGCUUAACAGCAUAAUUUAUACACAGAAGCACAACCACCACCUUUUCAUCUCCUCCCUGUGCACGAUAGCAAAGAUCAGAGUUCACCCUGCCUUGUUGUUCUGGCUCCUGUGUGCGGUGCUGGCAAAGCUGCUUCCAACCACAUUUGCUCCUGCAUGUGGGUGAAGGGUCUGUCCUCCCUUUGCACAUCCCU